CCAUCUAACAGCAAGAAUGGACGCCAUGAAGUCAGAGAACGCCUCCACUCUGGAGAACGCCAUGCAGCUGAUGAUCCAGACAUUCCACAAGUACUCUGGGAAUGAAGGAGACAAAUACACUCUUAGCAGAGUGGAACUCAAGGAGAUGCUGACGCAGGAGCUGGGCAGCUACCUUGGGAACGCACAGGAUAAAGAUGCAGUAGAGAAAGUUAUGGGGGACCUGGAUUCAAACAAUGAUGGGGAGGUGGACUUCACAGAGUUCAUCAUCCUUGUGGGAGCCCUCACCGUCGCCUGCAACGACUUCUUCCUUGAGUACCACGAUAAAGAUGAAAAGAAGGAUGAAAAAAAGUAGAGCUGAACAACAUAAGCCAAUAUAUGAGCAGUGAGGGAUGCUGUGGGAAUAUACAGUAUGUGUGUACAGUCUUGCUUGCUGCCGACGUUCUUUACGUCAUCUUUGCUUAGAACGAAUCUUUGGGUACACUAAAUGUUAAACCGGGUACAUCACCCCUGAAACAAUCUGCAUCCAUGAAAGCAUAUGAAACGAGAUUUAAUUCGAUGACUGUUGAAUAUGUGAAUAAUGUUUCAGCCUUUGUUUUUUUUUAAAUGUUGGAGUAAAGUAAGCUUUCCAUAUUA